CCCGACGUACUGCCGAUGAUGCGGCCUAGUAAAACGACCUUGAAGAUAAAGACUGCUUUUCACGAUGCGAAGUCCUGGCCAAUUUGCUAAUUUGAAACUGAAUUUCAACAUUUUUGGAACAGAAUUUAGGUCAACAGCAAGCGACCAUGGUAUCUCAAGAAGUGAAGCCGCAGGGCAAGAAAAGCCUCAUUGUCAAUGCCUUUGUGAUGAUGUGCAGCGGACAUCAGUCACCAGGCCUGUGGCGACACCCCGACGAUAAAUCUUGGCAGUUCAAGGACAUUGAACAUUGGGUUGAGCUAGCCAAGCUUCUCGAGGAAGCCAAAUUCCACGGCAUCUUCAUUGCAGACGUUCUUGGAGGUUAUGAUGUCUACAAGAAAUCCCUCGAUCCCGCUGUCAUCUCGGGUGCCCAAUGGCCUCUCACAGAGCCGCUUGUUGCUGUUCCGGCCAUGGCUGCGGCCACCAAGAACAUCGGAUUUGGUGUCACGGUAUCAACAACCUACGAGCAGCCUUACCAUUUGGCCAGACGUCUCUCUACCGUAGACCAUCUCACUAAAGGAAGACUUGGUUGGAACAUUGUGACCAGUUACCUAGACUCUGCGGCGAGGAACAUGGGCCGCAACGAGCAAUUAGAUCAUACCGAUCGCUACGAACAGGCAGAAGAAUACAUGAAGGUCAUGUACAAGCUUUUGCAGUCUUCUUGGCGCGAUGAUGCCGUCAAACUUGACCGCGAGAAGGGCGUGUACACUUCGCCGGAACUGGUUCGUCAGAUCAACCACGAAGGAAAGUUCUUUACCGUCCCGGGCCCUCAUCUCGUGGACCCCAGCCCCCAACGCACGCCUCUUCUUCUCCAGGCGGGCGCUUCGCGUGCAGGCAAGGCCUUUGCAGCACAGCACGCCGAGGCAAUCUUCACGUCGGCGCACGCACCUGCCGUUUGCAAGAAGAAUAUUUCCGAAAUUCGGCAAAUAGCGCGGGAUGAGUUUGGCAGAGAUCCCAGCAAAAUCAAGGUUCUCGCCCUCGUUACCCCGAUUUUGGGCAGAACAGAGGAGGAGGCAUUGGCCAAGUACAACGACUACAAGCAGUAUGCCUCGCUCGAGGGUGCUCUGUCACUGUUUGGUGGAUGGACAGGAAUGGACUUGGACAAAUAUGGGGAUGAAGAAGAAUUGAGACAGGUCGAGAGCAACGCUGUCAAAUCAACUGUCGAAGGCUAUGCGAAGUUCUCGCCAGCCAAUUCAAAGUGGACCAAGCACACCGUGGCCGAGCAUGUCAGCCUUGGAGGAAAUGGGCCCUUGUUGGUUGGCACGCCUGCUCAGGUGGCUGACGGCCUUGAGACAUGGGUGAACGAAGCUGAUGUUGAUGGAUUCAACUUUGCCUAUGCUGUUUUCCCUCAAUCCUUCAAGGAUAUCAUUGAGCUUUUGCUACCCGAGCUUCGGGCUCGAGGUUUGUUCUGGGAUGACUAUGCUGUUCCCGGGGGUACGUAUCGAGAGAACUUCUAUGGUACAGAAGGCUCCAAAUACCCCCCAGAGGAACACACUGCCGCGAAAUACAGAUGGGCAGAGGGUGUUGAUGCGAAGGAUCACCCGAUUCCGCAGUAAAAAAGUCGAAACACGGUGGAUAUUCUCAGAAUUCAUAUCCUACGACGAAGUCUGAUUAAGAAUGUGAAAAUAGUAUGCUAGAUGAUGAGAGUUAAAUUCUGA